UACACUUCAACCGAACCACUUCGAUUGAUCAUCAUGUCUGGACGCGGAAAGGGAGGAAAGGGACUUGGUAAAGGAGGCGCCAAGCGUCACCGUAAAGUCCUCCGUGAUAACAUCCAGGGGAUCACCAAGCCCGCUAUCCGCCGUCUGGCUCGCCGUGGCGGAGUGAAGCGUAUCUCCGGUCUCAUCUACGAGGAGACCCGCGGGGUGCUCAAGGUGUUCCUGGAGAACGUCAUCCGUGACGCCGUCACCUACACCGAGCACGCCAAGAGAAAGACUGUGACCGCCAUGGAUGUGGUUUAUGCUCUCAAGAGACAGGGCCGCACUCUCUACGGCUUCGGAGGUUAAACAGGACCACACACCAACAACCACAACAAACGGCUCUUUUAAGAGCCACCCACUACAACUACCGAGAUAUUUCUACUAUGUUUGUACGAUGAUAUGUGUGAUAUGCUCCUAUGUUGUGGAGGUUAGUGUUGAUUGUUAAAGCAGACCAAAAUACACCUAACCUGUAAAAAAUUAC